AUGACUAGUUUGGCUUCUACACGUUUAAUGCAAGAACGCAGGAUUUGGCGGAAAAAUCAUCCAUUUGGAUUUGUUGCUGUACCAAGAAAAAAUUCUGAUGGAACAUUAAAUUUAAUGAUUUGGGACUGUGCUAUUCCUGGAAAAGAAAAUACAAAUUGGGAAGGAGGUCUUUAUAGAUUAACAAUGGAGUUUAAACAAGAAUAUCCUGAUGUACCGCCAAAAUGCAAAUUUGAUCCUCCAAUAUUUCACCCAAAUAUUUAUCCUUCUGGUACUGUCUGCUUGUCUCUACUAGAUGAACGUAAAGAUUGGAACUGUAGAUUGACUAUUGGUGAAAUAUUACUUGGUAUUCAACAAUUAUUAACUAAUCCUAACAAUGAGGAUCCCGCUCAAUCUGAAGCUUUUCAAAUUUUUAAAAGUGAUAUAAAUCUUUACAGUAAAAAAGUUAAAGAACAAGCAGCUCGUUUCCAACGUGAUAUUGUACUCAAACAAAUGAAUAUGUAA